CUUAAAAAUACCCCGGCGCGAGCGCGCACGUGAGUCAGCGUUGAAAGUCAACUUGCCGCGUGGACGGGAGCGCGCGUGUCUCCGUCACGGUCAGAGUCCGCCGUUACAUCAAAGUGCGCGCGCGUGCGCGGGAGUCCCGUGAACGUCGUCGCGCGCGUGUCCCGCCCGGCACCAAACAGGCCCUUUUAAGGGGACGCGCAGACGUUUUUGUCCCCCCCCCCGCCCCUUAAGACCUUCUUGUGGGGUACUUUCAGGACUUGGUCCGACCUCAGGACGAGUCCAAGAUGACGUCAGUGUGGAAAAGACUUCAGCGCGUCGGGAAAAAAGCUUCAAAGUUUCAGUUUGUGGCUUCUUACCAGGAAGUCGUCGUGGAGUGUAAGGAGAAAUGGCAACCAGACAAGCUGCGGGUGGUGUGGACCAGGAGGAACCGACGCAUGUGCACGAAGCUGCACAGUUGGCAGCCCGGCAUCAAGAACCCAUACCGUGGAACGGUUCUGUGGCAAGUCCCGGAGAACAUGGACAUCUCCGUCACACUUUUCAAGGACGCCGGCGCCGACGUCUUCGAGGACAAAGAGUGGACCUUCGUCCUGGAGGGUGAGAGCAAAGGCCACCGCAAGGUCCUGGCGUCGGCCGGCGUCAACCUGAAGAACUUCGCCAGUCUCACGCCGACCCAGACCGACCUGAACCUGCGCCUGAAGCCGCUCUCCGUCAAGGUGGUGGAGGCCUCGCUCAGGCUGUCGCUGGCGUGCAUCUUCGUCCGAGAGGGGAAAGCCACAGACGAGGACAUGCAGAGCCUCGCCAGCCUGAUGAGCGUCAAACCCGACGUGGCCAACAUGGACGAUUUCAACGAGAGCGACGAGGACGGCGACGACGCCAAGGCGGCGGUCGUUCCACGCACUCUCACCCGCCCCAAUCGCCCCGCCCCCCCUCCGCCUGAGCCCGCUGACACCUUGCCAGCAUUUCCGCACCCCCGCCCCUCGCCUCCGGGCGACCGACGCCUUAUUGGCGCCGCCCCGGCUCCGCCCCCUCAGUCCCAGUGGCCCAAAACAAGCCCUCCAUUAGGAGCCGCCGACAUUGAGUCUUCACCUCCACCCGUUGACCCACCUGCCAACUCCGCCCCCUCACAUGAAGGUCCGCCCCCCCCAAAGAAGUCCUUCAGCUGGACAGGUGGCGCCGAAGCGCACGUGCCCGCCGACCUCUCCCCCCCUGACACAUGCACAUCCUCCUUCGCGCUCACCCUCAUCUCUCCUUCUAACCCUCAAGCCCCGCCCACUCACCUUCCUCCGUCUCUGCCCAGAAUCUUCCGGUCAGACUCUGGAAAAGCGGCUGUCCCGUAUCAGCGGCGCCCGCCGGAGGACCCGACGCCACACGCCGCCUGCGCCGCGUCGGCCCAUGUUUUCGCAGCUCAACUCGUCAAGUCCGACCCCCGCCCUCCCUCCCCCUCGCCAUUCAGCACCGAAGCCCCGCCCCUCGCGGCGACCGCCUCCGUAGCCCCUCCCAUCGCUGGUAACGUCCUCCCGGUGCCCCUGUUGAGUCGCCCUGACCUCGACGCCCUCUGUGAGCCCGCCCCCCCGACUCUCCGCCCCGCCCUCCCGCCUUCCUCGCCGCCCCGCUCGUCCUCUCAGCUCAGGGCCCCGCCCACAGAGGCCACGCCCCCACUCGACCUCGCCGAGAAGACCGCAGCACCUGUUGCCAAGGAAGCCGAUGACAUCACAGCAUCCGACCCACCAAUCGCAGCACAGCAUGGCAAGGUGGCAGGGGAGGGCAGUCCCGCCCCUCCCCAAUCUGAGGCUAUAAUAGCCCCGCCUCCUCCGUGGCCCUUUUGCGAGAGCCCCGCCCCCCAGCCGCCCUCCUCCACGGCCAAGCAAUCAAAAGGAGGCACGAGCCUCCUCUCUCACCACCGCUCCACCUUGGACGAGCAGGAGGGCGAGCGAGGAGAGGAGAGGAAGCGACGUGAGCAGGAGAGGAGGAGGCUGGUGGAGGAGGAGAAGAGGAGACUCUUGAAGGAGCAGGAGGAGGCCAGGAAGCUGAAGGAGAGGAGGAGGCGCGAGCAAGACCGACUCCUGGAGGAAUGGAACAUCAUGCGAGAAGAGGAGGACAGGAGGAGGAGGAGCACGUUGGUGCAGAAAGAGAAGGAGCAGCAGAAAUGGAAAGACAAGGAGGAACGACAACAAGAGAGGUGGAGCAGAGAGGGAGAGACGAAGGUGGUCCACAGAUUAGAGGAGAAAGCGAGGAAGGAGGAGACGAGGAAAAAGGAGGAGGAAGAGAGUGAUAAAAGGAAGGAAGAAGAUGCGAAGAGAAGGAGCGAGGAGGAUAGGAGAGAGAAAGAAGGAGAGGAGAAAAGACAAGAAGAAAGGAGGAGAUACGAAGAGGAGGUGAGAAGGAGAAAGAGGGAGAAGGAACGGGAGGAGAUGGAGCAGAGGAGAAAAGAGGAGGAGGCGGGAAAGAGGGCAGAGGAAGUGAGGAGGAACAAGGAGGAGGAGGAGAGGAAGAGGAAAGAUGAAGCGGAGCAGCAGAGAGUCAAGGAGGUAAAGAGGAGGCAGGAGAAAGACCGGCUGGAGGAGGAGGAGAGGAAUAAAAAAGGGGAAGAGGAGAGGAAGAAAAAGGAGGAAGAGAGAAAAAUGAAGGAGGAAAAAGAGAGGAAGAGGAUUGAGGAGGAGAGAAAGAAACAGGAAGAAGAGAGGAGGAGGAAGGAUGAGGAAAGCAGGAAGAAGCUGGAAGAGGAAAGAAAGAGGAAGGAGGGAGAGGAGAGGAAGAAAAAAGAGGAAGAAGAGAGAAAGCAGAAGGAUGAGGUGGAGAGGAGGAAGAAACUGGAAGAGGAAAAAGAACAAAAGGAAAAUGAGAAGAAAAAGGAAGAAGAGGAGAAGAGGAAGAAGGAGGGAGAGGAGAGGAAGAAAAAAGAGGAAGAAGAGAGAAAACAGAAGGAUGAGGUGGAGAGGAGGAAGAAACUAGAAGAGGAAAAAGAACAAAAGGAAAAUGAGAAGAAGAAAAAGGAGGAAGAGGAGAGAAAGGAAAUGGAGGAAAAGAAACGGCAGGAGAAAGACCGGCUGGAGGAGGAGAAGAAGAUGAAAAAGGAGGAAGAGGAGAGAAAGAGGAAGGAGGGAGAGGAGAGGAAGAAAAAAGAGGAAGAAGAGAGAAAACAGAAGGAUGAGGUGGAGAGGAGGAAGAAACUGGAAGAGGAAAAAGAACAAAAGGAAAAUGAGAAGAAGAAAAAGGAGGAAGGGGAGAGAAAGGAAAUGGAGGAAAAGAAACGGCAGGAGAAAGGCCGGCUGGAGGAGGAGAAGAAGAUGAAAAAGGAGGAAGAGGAGAGAAAGAGGAAGGAGGAAGAUGAGAAGAGGAAGAAGGUGGAAAGGGAGAGAAAGAAGGAGGAAGAGGAGCUGAAGAGAAAGGAGGAAGAGAGAAAAAUUAAGGAAGAAAAGGAGAGGAAGAGGAAUGAGGGGGAGAGAAAGAAAGAGGAAGAAGAUGAGAGGAGGAAGGAUGAGGAACGAAGGAAGAAGCUGGAAGAGGAUGAAAUGAAAGAGGAGGAGGUAAAGAAAAAGAAGGAAGAGGAAGGAAAGAGGAAGAUGGAGGAGGAGGGGAAGAAAAAAGAAGAGGAGGACAGGAAGAAAAAGGAGGAAGAGAGAAAGAUUAAGGAGGAAAAGGAGAGGAAGAGGAAUGAGGAGGAGAGAAAGAAACAGGAAGAAGAGGAGAGGAGGAAGAAGCUAGAAGAGGAAAGAAAGAGGAAAGAGGAAGAGGAGAGAAAAAGAAAGGAUGAGGUGGAGAGGUGGAAGAAGCUAGAAGAGGAAAAAGAACGGAAGAAAAAGGAAGAAGAGGAGAGAAAGAAAAGGGAGGAAGAGGAGAGAAAAAGGAGGGAUGAGGUGGAGAGGAGGAACAAGCUAGAAGAGAAAAAAGAACAAAAGGAAAAGUUGAGGAAGAAAAAGGAGGAAGAGGAGAGAAAGGAAAAAAAGAGGCAGGAGAAAGAUCGACUGGAGGAGAAGAUGAAAAGGAACGAAGAGGAGGUAAAGAAAAAGGAGGAAGAGGAACGAAAGAGGAAGGAUGAUGAGAGAAAGAAAACCGAGGGGGAGGAGAGGAAGAAAAAAGAGGAAGAGGAGAGGAAACGGAAUGAUGAGGCGGAGAGGUGGAAGAUGCUUGAGGAGGAAAAUAAACAGAAGGAAAAGGAGGAGGAAAAAAGGAGAGAAGAAGAAGAGAUGGAGAAGAGAAGAAAGGAGGAGGUUAAAAAAAAAGAAGACAUAAAGAGGCAGCAGGAAGAGGAGAGGACAUGUCUCCAUCUGCUGGACAAAAGCUGCAUGACACCUUCAAGUCUCAGCCAAUCAGCAGAGAGCAAGUCACUCAAUCAGAGGGAAAGUGUUGAGGUCGACGCCAAGGCCCCGCCUCCCACCCUCCAAGGGGACUCCUCCCAGCCGGACCACAAGGCGCCACCAAAGACUGCAGGGGAGGGGGACAACCCGUGGAGGAUGGGGGAGGGGACAGCAAAGGGGGCGGGACCUCGGAGGAAGGAGGAAGAGGAGGAGUCAGUAGGACCUGCUGUCCGCCAUGGCGACCAUGAUGAAAGUGGCGCCGACAUGAAGAUGGCGGAGACUCACCAUGACACCAAAAUGGCCACCAUUUCCGAAGAAGAAGAAGAAAGUCCUAACAUCUGCCCUGUGGAGGAGGAGGAGCGGCUCCUAUUGGCUAAAAUCCACGUGAUGACCUUUGAUACGUCCCCGGUCACCAGGAAGCGCCUCGUUCCUGCCCCAGGAGAGAUCCACCAUGACGUCCUGGAGGCGGUGUCCGACAUCCCGGCGAAUGGCGGGGAGUCGCCAAAGCGGAGGCGAGAAGAGGACGCGUCACCUGACCAAUGGGGCGCCCCCCCUGAUGGCGUGUCACGUCAGUCCGGUAGCACACCAGUCAGAGAGGAGGCUGAUGGGAAGGACGACAACGGCGGCGAGGACCUGGUGACCCCCAGCCAGUUGCUGCUGAGGUGGUGUCAGGAGGUCACGGCCGACUACGCCGGGGUCCGGGUCACCAACUUCAGCACUUCCUGGAGGAACGGCUUGGCCUUCUGCGCCAUCCUGCACCACUUCCACCCCGACCUCAUAGAUUUUGAUUGCCUGAAGUCACAUGACAUCAAAAUGAACAACAAGAAGGCCUUUGACGCCUUGGAGUCCUUGGGCAUCUCCCGCCUGCUGGAGCCGUCAGACAUGGUCCUGCUGUCGGUCCCAGACCGCCUCAUCGUGAUGACGUACCUCAGCCAGAUCCGAGCACACUUCACCCAGCAGGAGCUCAGCGUGCUGCACAUCGAGCGCAACGCCGGCCAAUCCAGUUACGGCCCCGCCCUCGCCGGCCCGCCGCCCUCCGACGUCCAGGCCGCCGCCUUCUGUGUGGCGCGGCUCAACGAGGGGGAGGGACUGCAAGAGGGAGGGGCCUCCUUGCUGGUACCGCCCCCCAGAUCCAAGAGAACCACCCAAGGAGAGGUCCCGGGUCCCAAGUCCAGCUCCCAGGCCGCCAAGUCCAGACCUCCGCAGGGCGAGGGCGAAAGCAUCAUCCCGGCCUCGGGAACCACGCGGGAACCUGAAGACAAGACCAUGCGCCUGCAGGACACGGGUCAGUACGUGCUGAGCGAGCUGGUGGCGUUGGAGGCGGAGCAAAAGCACAUCGACACCAGGGCGGCGGUGGUGGAGCGGCGCCUGCGGAGCCUCAUGGAGACGGGAAGUGACCGCCACGAGGAGGAGAGGCUGAUCCAGGAGUGGUUCACGCUGGUCAACAAGAAGAACGCUCUGAUACGGCGACAGGACCACCUGGAGCUUUUGCAGGAGGAACAGGACCUGGAGAGAAAGUUUGAACUGCUGACGCGGGAGCUGCGAGUCAUGAUGGCGAUUGAAGACUGGCAGAAGUCGCGCGCUCAUCACGAGCGUGAGCAGCUUCUCCUCCAGGAGCUGGUGUCCCUGGUCAACCAGCGCGAUGACGUCAUCAGAAGCAUGGACGCCAAGGAGCGAGGGGCGCUGGAGGAGGACGAGCGUCUGGAGCGCGGCCUCGCCAUGAGGAGGAGGAAGUACGACGACAAGGACAAGUGCGUCCUGCAGUGACACGCCCACGCCAGCGCGUGUUUGGACGUGUUGCCGUGGCGACUGAACACUUUUAUUUAAGAGUACGUGUGUUGGUGUGUAGAUUUCUACUUCAUGCUGUGUACUUCCAUGUAGUUUUUGUACCCGAUGGCAUGAGCUGGACUCAACACGGCGGCCGCCUGUUCGGUGGGUGGGAGCGAUACGGUACGACGGUGCGAUCUGUGGUGUUAACAGUGGGACGUUGGUGACGAUAUCAGUGACAUCUAUGAUGACCUCAUUGUUUAUAUCAACAACAUCCAUGAUGCUACCAGUGGAGAUAUCAGUGGGACAUUGGCGGUGAUAUCAGUGACAUCGCCGAUGACCUCAUUGUUUAUAUCAACAACAUCCAUGAUGCUACCAGUGGAGAUAUCAGUGGGACAUUGGCGGUGAUAUCAGUGACAUCGACGAUGACCUCAUUGAUGAUAUCAGGAAGGUUAGUGGCGGUAUCCCGACAUCCAUGAUGUUAUCAGUUGCUAGAUGAAUGACGUCAGUGUGACAUCAUCAUUGGUAAUAUCAAUGAUAUUCAAGACAUCGUCAGUGGCAGUAUCAAUAUGAUAUUUGGUGACAAUUGCUGUGAUAUCUACGAUGACAUCAUUGACAGCAACAGUAAGAUUAGUGGCGAUAUCGCGACACACAUGAUGUUACCAGCGGCAAUAUCGAUGACAGUAUGACAUUAGUGGCGCUGUCAAUGAUAUCCACAUCAUCAGCAGUAUCAAUAUAACGUUUGGUGACAGUUUCA